UUAUCAAGUAAUAGUUUAUUAUUUAAAGAAAUGCCGUUAGAAAUGUUAAAACCAUUUCAAUGAACCCAUUACAAUGAAUAAUCAUAGAAUGGGUCUAUCUGUCGAAACAUUUAACAACUUUACAUCGCUGCAUCAAUUCUUUGAUAUCCUAUCACUAAACGAUGACAAAAGUGGCAAUACUUUCAUAUCAGUUAUAGAAUCCAAAGAAUAUCCAAUCUAUGCAGUUAUGUUCCAUCCUGAAAAGCCAUUGUUUGAAUGGUACGAAAAAGAAGAUAUCAAUCACUCAACUAAUAGUAUUAAAUUCAGUCAAUAUUGUUCAAACUUUUUCAUUAAUGAAUGUAAAAAAUCCUCCCACUCAUUUUCAGAUCAAGAUUUUGAAUAUAAUUCUUUAAUUUACAAUUAUAUUCCAAAAAGAUUUAAAAAUAUUAAAACCUACCAACAAUUAUAUUUUUUUAAUCAAACUAUUUAAUCAAAAAAAAUAAAUAAAUAAUAAAAUAAUAAAAAUAAAAAUAAAAAUAAUAAAAAUAAUAAAAAUAAUAAAAAUAGUAAAUAAAAAAUAGAAUUUAUUCAAAUAUCUCAAAAAUAAAACACGAUAUAUUUAGAUAUUAUCAAAUAUGAUCAAAAACUAAUGGAUAUAUAUAAAUUAUCCAAAUAUAUUCACAUUCAUAAAAAUAAUAAAAUAAAUAUUUAAUUU